AUGGAAGACGCGACUGCCUCGCUGGCUACGAUAGCCACAUCUACGCUGAUCGCUGCUACCGCCAGUCUCACCUCUUAUGACGGUAGCGCAUCCCCAACACCAUCAGGCAUGCACACACUAUAUUAUCAUGGAUCAACCUCAGGAUCAGAGGAUCCAGACGAGGGAGGGGGUGAAUGCAAGUUGCUUGGUCCGUUCUCUGUAUUCGUGCAGGUUGCGCUCGGAGGACUUGCGCUAUUAUCUCUGGUCUUCAAGAGGUGGAGAGAACGACCACAGCGACCACUCAAGGUGUGGGCCUUUGAUGUAUCAAAGCAAGUUUUUGGAUCGGUGAUGCUUCACAUGGCAAACCUGCUCAUGUCCAUGUUUUCUGCUGGCCAGCUCGAGAUUCAGAAGCAAUAUAAGCCGAAUCCCUGCUCGUUUUACUUACUAAACCUGGGCAUUGACACUACUCUCGGUAUUCCGAUUCUCAUCCUCAUUCUCCGUGUUCUCAACUACCUCGCCUCCUACACGAUACUCGCCAACCCUCCAGAAUCAAUAGAGUCAGGAAAUUAUGGUCACCCUCCGCGCGCGACAUGGUGGCUCAAACAGUCCAUUGUCUACUUUAUGGGGUUAUUCGGCAUGAAGAUAUGCGUAUUUUUCAUCAUCCAGCUUUUGCCUUUCAUCGUCAAAUUCGGUGACUGGGCCUUGCGAUGGACAGAAGGAAACACAGCUGUUCAAAUCUUCUUCGUGAUGCUUCUGUUCCCAGUCAUCAUGAACGCGAUUCAAUACUACAUCAUCGACAUCUUUAUCAAGAAACCGAUCUCACACGACAUGUACACGGCCGACAACACGAGCGGAGAUGCGGCCACAGCCGACGAUGCUCAGCGCCGGGAGGCCCUUCUCGAUGGCCUGGACGAGUCAUAUUCAACCGACUCAGAUGAUGAAACACCAAUACUUUCUAAGCCGAAGCCUACUGUGCAUACUGUGAAGGAGUCGGAGCACCAACUUACUGAGGAUCAUUCACCUGUUCCUCCAUAUGAACCUCCUAGCUCGAGUAGUAGUCGUGUCGACCCUGACUCGAAAUUUAGUUCUACACACCAUUGA